GGGAGGCGGCGGUGGGCGCGACGUCGGCGGCGGCGGCGGCGGCGGCGGCGGCAGCUGCAAGUUGGGCUGCAGGGGCAGCGCAUACACUACAAUGGCUGCUGGAAAGAGGCGUAAGGAAACAAUUUCCAGGCCCGCCGCGUCCAGCCCGAAAUAUGAGAAAAAAAUUAUUAGAAAUUCCGCGGGCGGUGUAAAGGCGGCGGACGGGCCGGAGGGAGGAUGUUAAAGCCCCGCGGUUGCCCCUUGGUGCUGCAUUGGCCGUAUUUGGCACCCAGAAUGCUUCAUUCUAUGGUGGUCUAUUGAUAAGGUUACCUUGCUAGAGUUUGGAGCAGGGCCUCAGAUUGGCCAAAAUGGGAAGGAUUGAAUUCCGCUCUCUUCCACGAAGAGUCAAUGGGACUGGCUAAGAUCAAGGUCUGAGGCUUUUUCCAUCUGUCAUCAGUCCCUUUUUGCUUUCUUUUACGACCACAUGAAACUUGAGAAGCCACCUAAAGCUAAAUCAUUUAGUGGAGUUGGGCAGUUCCCAAGUGUCCAACAAGAAGGCCUGGUUUAGGCUGCGAUGGCCACUGUCAUUCCUGGUGAUUUGUCAGAAGUAAGAGAUACCCAGAAAGUCCCUUCAGGGAAACGUAAGCGUGGUGAAACCAAACCAAGAAAAAACUUUCCUUGCCAACUGUGUGACAAGGCCUUUAACAGUGUUGAGAAAUUAAAGGUUCACUCCUACUCUCACACAGGAGAGAGGCCCUACAAGUGCAUACAACAAGACUGCACCAAGGCCUUUGUUUCUAAGUACAAAUUACAAAGGCACAUGGCUACUCAUUCUCCUGAGAAAACCCAUAAGUGUAAUUAUUGUGAGAAAAUGUUUCACCGAAAAGAUCAUCUGAAGAAUCACCUGCAUACACAUGACCCUAACAAAGAGACGUUUAAGUGUGAAGAAUGUGGCAAGAACUACAAUACCAAGCUUGGGUUCAAACGUCACUUGGCCUUGCAUGCUGCAACAAGUGGUGACCUCACCUGCAAGGUCUGUUUGCAGACUUUCGAAAGCACAGGAGUGCUUCUGGAGCACCUUAAAUCUCAUGCGGGCAAGUCGUCUGGCGGGGUUAAAGAGAAAAAGCACCAGUGCGAGCAUUGUGAUCGCCGUUUCUACACCCGGAAGGAUGUCCGGAGACAUAUGGUGGUGCACACUGGAAGAAAGGACUUCCUCUGUCAGUAUUGUGCACAGAGAUUUGGGCGAAAGGAUCACCUGACUCGACAUAUGAAGAAGAGUCACAAUCAAGAACUUCUGAAAGUCAAAACAGAACCAGUGGAUUUUCUGGAUCCAUUUACCUGCAAUGUUUCUGUGCCUAUCAAAGAUGAGCUCCUUCCGGUGAUGUCCUUACCUUCCAGUGAACUGUUAUCAAAGCCAUUCACAAACACUUUGCAGUUAAACCUCUAUAACACUCCAUUUCAGUCCAUGCAGAGCUCGGGAUCUGCCCACCAAAUGAUCACAACUUUACCUUUGGGAAUGACGUGCCCAAUAGACAUGGAUGCUGUUCAUCCUUCUCACCAUCUUUCUUUCAAAUACCCAUUCAGUUCUACCUCAUAUGCAAUUUCUAUUCCUGAAAAAGAACAGCCAUUAAAGGGGGAAAUUGAGAGUUAUCUGAUGGAGCUGCAAGGUGGUGUGCCCUCUUCAUCCCAGGAUUCUCAAGCAUCGUCAUCUAAACUAGGGUUGGAUCCUCAGAUAGGGUCCCUAGAUGAUGGUGGGGGGGACCUCUCCCUGUCAAAAAGCUCUAUUUCUAUCAGUGACCCCCUAAACACACCAGCAUUGGAUUUUUCUCAGUUGUUUAAUUUCAUACCAUUAAAUGGUCCUCCUUAUAACCCUAUAUCAGUAGGGAGCCUUGGAAUGAGCUAUUCCCAAGAAGAAGCACAUUCUUCUGUGUCUCAGCUCCCCCCACAAACACAGGAUCUUCAGGAUCCUGCAAACACUCUAGGUCUUGGGUCUCUGCACUCACUGUCAGCAGCUUUCACCAGUAGUUUAAGCACAAGCACCACCCUACCACGUUUCCAUCAAGCUUUUCAGUAGGAUUCCAUGACGUGCAUUUAUUACGGAAAUGUAUGUGUAGCCCUGCCUUAGAUGACCAUUUUUAUUUUAGUGCCUACUUUAAGACAGUAUAAAAAUUUCCACUUUUGUAUAGUACCAAUUAUCAUUAAGCCAGUAUAAAAUAGAAACUAACUUUUUAAACGAGCUUUGGAACCAUUCGUGUUCAGUUAUGUUUACCUGGGUAUUUUGUCCUGAUUCACUGCCAACUGUCAUAUUUUAAGAUUAUUUUUCAUAUAGGAAAGCCAUUAUUUUUAGUAAAGUCUUACAGAUCUCAUGUUCAAAUUACUUUUCAAUCUUAAAAUUUUCAUUUUUGUCCAAUAACAAUGGCUCUACCUUUUGACAUUUGGCUGAUUAAAAAAUUUCACAAUAGAAUAUAAAUUUUCUAAAAUGUAUAUGAAUAGCCGGAGAGUUUUAAAAUUUUUAUUAGCCUCUAAAUGGAUUCAUAGUCAGAUGUUUCAAAUGAAUUGAGAAUCCAGUUUGGAGAGAUAACAGAUGUUGCUGAGAUAUACCAUAAUUUCAGGUCAGUAUAUUUUGAAGACUUGCUAUUGUCUGGCUCAAGUGUUUGCAUCUUUAUUAUGCACAUAUAAGGAAAACAAAACCUAAACACAAAGCACCAGUAUUUAUAGCAAAAAGAGACUGCUAGUAAGGUGACACGGCAUUCCAUGUUACUUAAUAGUUGGCCUUAAAUUAGUACAGAGGAUAUUUUGCCACAUUUCAAACUUCCUAACUUGCUCUCUUUCCAUUUAAUAAUACUAAUAGUAUAUGGCAUCAGAGUCUUCAGAGUCAGUGUAUAGAUAGAGCUCUUUAAUCUUUUCCACCUUUCAUGGCCAAAGGGUGGGUCAAGUGCAGCCAGCAAUUUUAUUUUGAUUGUCAGUCCACAGUUAGUCCGGAAUCGAGAGCCAUUGUGGAACACAGAUGUUAGGUCUGUUCAUCCCAGAGUGGACUGUCUCAUCUUUUGUGGUGUGAUAGCCUCCUAAGCAGGAAGACACAUGUGAAGCACACGGUUCAACUUGGGGACUUGUCUAGAGAUCAUGUCCCCUGUUGCCAGGGUUGGAAGCCAGACUCUUCAAGAGUAAGGUAAAAGCAUGUCGCUUAUGUCACUUCUUGCUGAAUUUGAUAGAGUUUUCUUUCCCUUGAGAGCCAAAAGCAGAAAACAAAACAACAGUCCUGCCCCCAUGGUAUCUUUCUUAUUCAGUGUUAAUUCAUCUCUUCUUCAUAUUUUUAGAUGGAGACUUUAAAGUUAAAUGCAUUAGAAGGCUAUUUAAGGAAUGACCACAAAGUUUUAAGUGACUAAAAAUAUAUACAGUAAAACCCCACUUUUACACGUCUCUGGCAAAUGGGGGGAAUGUUGCAAAUAAGUUGAAUUUGUAGAGGUGGGAACAGUAAAGCAAAACAAGCACUAUCUUAGUUAAUGUGAAAAUAACAAUCAAGAAUUUUGUGUUCACUGAAUAAAAUAGUUAUUAUGGGCUUUCCUGAUGUUAGACAACCACCAUAAUCUCAAAAAUCAGAUUAUUAUAUCUUUCUAUCGGUUGGGACAUCAACCUAAGAAACGUAUCUAUUAAGCACUUGUUAACACCUUAUUUUGGGACCCUGUCUGUUAGGGGGGGUGUGAGGGGAGAAGGUUUAUAGAAGAGUAUAUAUCUCUUUAAAAAAAAAAAAAAAAGAAAGAAAAAUAUUUCUGAGCACUCAUUAGCCCUGUAUGGAAGCUUAUUUUCUUUCUUAUAGGGCCAGUUAUCACUGCAGAUUGCAAUGUUUACCAAGAAUUUCUAAAAAUGAGUGCAGAUUACUGAGUAUAAUACAUUAUUUAAAAUAUUUGGGAGUAGUAUAAUUUGUGGAGAAAUGUAAAUUGUAAUAAUGUAAAUGGGGGUUUCACUAUAUAUAUUAUAUAUAUAUGUACACACACACACACACACACACCUAUAUCGCACUUCAUAGAAUCAAAGUUGCUCUCUUCAGGAGCUUAGGCUCCUGAUAUUUUAUUACGCUCCUAUUUUAUUUUAAAUCUUAGGAGCAGUAGUUUUUAUACUUAUGUAUUUAAAUUUUAUUAUUAAAAAUUACAUUUUAUAAAAAAGUGUGUUCCAAAGGCAUUAAAAUUAUAUAUGUUAAUAAGGAAAUACAUUUUUAAAAUUUUCAAACUGCUCCUAAGCUUUUGAUUAGGAGAAUAUUUGCUCUGAAAGUAGGCUUUUAGCUCUGCUUUUAUUACUGCUUCCUUUAGUUUCUAUGAAACAGAUUGCUUACCUAAAUCAUUAGUUGAAUGAUUAGUGUUCAAUAUUGCUUUAAUCACCAUUGGAAAAAAAAGAAAUUUGGUGACAGAGCACAAAUAAAUAGAAAACCUGUUUUUCAAUAAAAACCACAAAUACAACUGUGGAAGCACUACUUUAUUUUGUCUCAAAUUUGCUUAAGGAGAAGUCAAAUUAAGGAACUGAGACGUUGGCCUUAGUAGGCUGUAUUUCAUUACUAAUAAAAAACUAAAAAGGGAGUACCAGGAUUUAUUAAAUAAAGCAUUUUGGAAACGGGGAAUGGCGCCAUAAACGUAUAUAUAUUUUUAGUCUAAUUCUAGCCCUGCGUGGAGUUCAGAUACAUGGAGGCACAUCUUUCAUGGCACCGGUGUUAAAAUCGUGGAGUCUUAAUUUUCAGACGUACACCUCCUUGCCUGUUGCUGCCCCACCGACUUGAAAUAACGCUUCCAAGUAAGAGGGAAUUCAGCUAAUUUGUUUUUUAAAUUGACUGCAGUGGUCACUAAACCCUUUUUGAGAGAAUUUCUAUUAAACAUGAGGCAGACUCAUUUAUUUUAAUUGCACAGUGGUCUAACAAGGAUGUAACAGAACUGGCUCUUUUUUUUUUUCUAAAAAAAGUUGACAUUUGUUUUUUUUGUCAAAUGGAUGUGAUUAAAAAUAAUUAUUGCCAAUGCAAUUUUCAUUCUCCAGUGGCCAGAAUUAUCAUCCUUGAAAUAUCUAGUAGUGCCUUUGCUUGGUUAAAAAAACAAAAAAAACAAAAAAAAGGGAUUAUCAUUAAGUAAAAAUAUUUCAGUUUAGAAUUUGGACCUCAGACAAGAUAUUGAACCUCAUUCAGUUUGAACUUCCACAUGUGUAUACAAAUUAGAUCACCAGACACAGAAGCACGAGUGUGGAAGGAUCUUGGCACUGUAAGCAAUAUUAUCCAUUGAUGUAUGCAAAUAUCACCUUGACAGUUAUUGGUCACUGUUAAAAUUUGCAUUUUAAAAUCUAUUACCAAGUUCAUUUUUUCAAAACUUCAGUUGUCCUGGCUGAUCAUGCACCACUCUUUGUGCAACUUUUUAAUUUCAUUUAGUGUUUCUUCCAAGCUAUGUAUUUUUGCCUGUUUGUUGCUCGUGCUUUAUUCUUCUUAGUCAUUUGUGGAAUAUAGUGAUAUAUUGUGUUAAUUUGGACAGUAGCGGUUUUUAAAAACCAUAUACUGACUGAAACAUGAGCCAGAGCUGAUUGCUUUAUUAAGCUAAUAAUGAAUGUUAAAGAGUACAUAUUUUCAGGAUCAUUCAUCUAGUAAGCAAUACACAUAUAUAGGCCAAUAUUUUUUUAAAAAAUAGAGCUUGGUCAACCUCUAUACUACACAUAUUACAAGAUAUAGCACUUUCAAAAUGAAUCUAAACCUUUACAGAAACUUUCUUAUAGGUUAUGCCUUUUAUUUUAAGACUUAUUAUAAUUUGUUUCAAGUGCCAUUAGAUGAUAUAUAUGUAGGCCUUUGAUAUAUAAUGCUUUGUGUUCAAAAAUGGUAGAUGGUAUUUUAAACAGGUACAUUUUUACAGUGUUUUCUUAUCAAUUUGCUAUAUUGCACAGGAUCAGUGUGUCUUUGCAUAAGGUUUUACAAUGGUUUAUUUUUUUUACAAGGUUUACGUGUCUCAAAACACACUGUCUUCCCAGUAUGUAAAUUAAAAAAUACCAGUUCACCCAGGUUGCUUCUAGCCUACUGAGAUCCAUGUGACAUUGGAGGAGAUCUUUGAAAUGUUGAGUAUUCUUCAUUAGCAAUAGCAGACUUAUCUCUGACAAAUGAGUGCCUACGUUGACUCUGUCUUAUUUUUCUCACACUGUGUCAGCAGCCAUAUCUACAGCACAAGUAGUGUGUUGCGAUUGCGUAGAUCCACAUAAGUUGUGUUGUGUAGUUUUGUACUAGAAACCCAUAUAGAGCUCCUUUUUGAUCAUAUAAAACAAGGUAAUGCUACCCAGUUUGGUGAAGGCUUGCUUAGAUCACCGCUAGGCCCUUCUACAACCUUAUCAACCCUCUGAGGAUGGAAGGCAGUGUCUUUUGAUGAGUUACCUAGCUCUAGAAAUGACAGAACUAUUGCUAAUGUAUAAAACACUUCAUUGUAUAAGCUUCAGUGGUACAGAUGAACCAGAAUGAAUGUUUGUCUUCUCAGAAACACUCCUAUAUUAUGUUGGAUCAUGCUGCUAAUGUAACUUGGGAUACAACUCUUCAUGGUGCUACAAACUUCUCUGUCUCGUUCAGUCGUAUUUUUUUAUCCAUAGGAAAAAGGACUACAUUAGGUGUAAAGGUGUACAAUAUAUUUUUAUACUGUGACUUGAUUUGUCAUUAACAAACUUUUACACCACCCACCACAAUGUAUUCAUGUGCACUUGCAAAAGGAAAUCUUGGACAUGCAAAUGUUACCAGAACAAACCCAGCUUUUGUCCACAAGGUGACUAUAACUCAGAAGGAACAGCGGGCUUUAUAGUAUGGUGUGGAGUGAAGAGCAUGCUGUCUGUCACUAACAGCCCUCUGAAUUUCACAAAAACUGGGAAUCCAUUAGGAAAUGGAUAGCAUCAUGCCUGAACAUAAGCUGGACUGCUGAAAUUGUAUUUUUAGCUGAUGAAAAAGUGUUGGGCUAGUACUCUAAAAAUGUUCUAAUGAUAAAGUUUUGAGUCAAAAUAGAAAAGAAAAAUAUCUGCAUUCCAGGCUGAAUUUUGUAUAUUUUUAUUGCAUUUAAAAUCGCUAUUCUGUGAUAUUGGGAAAUCAAGUGGCUUAUCAUGUAUAUCAUGUACUUAAAAUGUAUUCACAAACUACUGUUGUAUUUGUAUAAAAUAUAGACAAAGACCGUAUUUUCUGUGUGUGUAUAAGCUCUGUAAAAUAGCAAUCACAUUAUGAAGCUGCAGUGACGCUACAGUUUAAACAUCCACAUCCAAAGAAGCAGGCUAUUUAUUGUCCAGUUACCCAGAUAUAAAAUAUUAAUUUGCUGCUAAUUAAACAAUAGUACUGCAGCUUCUUGUGGCCUACAGUGUUAUGUUUGCUGUAAGAAAAAGAUAUGUGAACUCCACAAAAUAUAUGAAUAAAAUUAUAGAAUGGCUUUA